AUGGCCCUAGUCUCAAAUGAUCGCAGUUGGUGGCCGCUCAUUAAUAUGACUCGUAUUUCCAGCUAUGUUGUAGCGCUGACACUCGCACAAGAGGUUGAACUGGUCUGGGUGCGCUAUCUUGGACUAGUAUAUGCUGUGUGCGAGGUUUUGUAUCUCGUACAACAGUGGACGAAUAACGUUGUAAUGGCGAUGCUGGGUGUAUUUGUCUGCUUGUCUGUCGACAUCGUCGGUGGAGUACUCACCAUUAUAACAACAAUGUACAUCUUAGCCGAGGAGUUCAUUCUCUCCGGUACCCAUCUCUGCACCAUCAACUUUAAGGAAGACGUCCAACCUCUCAAUGCCACACCUUGGAUACUCACUACUGCAUGGGAGAUCCUCGCACUUUGUCUUGCAGCCUGGAUUGCUGUAAAACACUUCCGUGAACUGCGACAACACUCGACUGGAGGGAUUAUCGGGGACUGUUUCACAGUGUUAAUGAGUUCUCACGUGAUUUACUUUGCAAGUUCCGGACGUGCUAGCACUGUUGCUACUUCGUGCUUUAAGAUGGGUUAUUUGUCUCCGGCGUUAUCAACGAGCCCAUACUCCCCGGUAUUUAUCAUCUAUGACGGCAUCGUUCAAGUUUUUACGGUCGUGCAAAUGUUUGUGCUGGGACCACGCCUGAUUCUUGGCAUUCGAGAAUAUCACGCCAAGCUCGUGGCCGUCUCGGAUACAGCAACCGCCAUGACUUCGAUUGCAUUUCAGGAGCGCAUACAUGUGUCAACUAGCAGUAAUAGUCGUUCAACAAUCAUUGUUGGAAUCCGACGAGACGAAGGAAACGGAAGACGGACCGUAGAAGAUGAGAGUGAAACAGUACGAGCGCAACCAAACAUCUCAGGUCUUUUCAUAGAGCCUGAGAUCUCCCGCUUCGUGCGCCGCUCGCCUGAACUCACUUUAAUCAUCACUUCUUUUCUUUGCGACGGUCAUUUAUCCCUAACGCGCGGAUUUAUUGGCACAAGAGUUAGGUGGUUACAUAGGGAUCAGAUCGUAUUCUACAUCCAAGCACUGCACGAGCCGGAAGGGAGGAGCGAAUUGCCUAACUUCGUCUUCCCGUUCCUUUUUUCUUUGUUUGUCCGAUUGUAUAACUGA